CCUCGUUGCAAGAAGCUGUAUUAACGCAGUAAUGUGCGGCCCGUAUAACAAUCACAUGCGCACUGCGCAGCAAGAUAGAUAGGAUGCAGAUUGGGCGCCAAUCUCCAGCUCCUCCACAAUGUCUGCCACAAUUCUCGUCCCAAGUACGACCUGGCGCAAACGUCAACCUCACGUCGACUACCAGAAACCCUCUGUUCCAAACAGUUUUCAGCGUUUUGCCAUGCCAUCCAACAUCCGUUCUGCAAAUAGUCGUGCUACUGCUGAACUGCGUGCUCCGAUGGUGCACACAGCCAGCCAGGGCGACCCUGGCCAUCCCAUGCGUGGCUCUGGCAGAACACAUAGUAGACGUGCUAUGACACGUGGUAGUGCUAACGAGUCACCGAUAUCCCAGCUAGGACGGGGUUCUGGCGUCGAGCCCGUUGCACCUCUCGAGUCAUCUGCCAACCGUUGGGUUCCUACCGGUACGGCCCGCAAUGGUCAACCUGAUGUUGAUUCAUCUGAGCUGGUCGACCGUAAGGUCAAGGCGCUACUCAACAAGCUCACGAUGGAGAAAUUCGAGAUGAUUUCAGAUCAGAUCAUCCACUGGGCCAACAAGAGUGUGAAUGAGAAGGACGGGCGGACGCUCAUCCAAGUCAUCCGACUUGUUUUUGAGAAAGCCAUCGAUGAGGCUGCUUGGAGCGAGAUGUAUGCGCGGCUGUGUCGGAAGAUGAUGGAGGAGAUCAGUCCUGAGGUGCAAGAUGACGGGGUCAAGAAUACGGAAGGCAAACCUAUCAGAGGUGGCCAUCUUUUCCGCAAGUAUCUCCUCAACCGGUGUCAAGAAGACUUUGAGCAUGGGUGGUUCGCCAAGGAUGCUACUACUGCCGAUUUUGAGAGGGCCAAGCGCCAGGGUCUCAAUCUCAUCACGUUUAUUGGCGAGUUGUUCAAGGUGCGCAUGUUGACGGAGCGUAUCAUGCACAAUUGUGUGAUGAAGCUGUUGGGCAACAUCGAGAAUCCCGAGGAAGAGAAGAUUGAGAGCCUAUGUCAACUGUUAAAGACGGUUGGCCAGUUGCUUGACACGCCGAAGGCCCGCGCGCAUAUGGACAUUUACUUCAUGCGCAUGAAAGAGCUGUGGAAGAAUAAUAUUAACAGCACCCGUGUGCAGUUCAUGCUCCAGGACGUUAUCGAGUUGCGUGAUCGCAUAUGGAUGAGCCGAGAUGCUGCCCCCGUGACGAUUGCAGCAGUUCAUUGGCUGGUAAGAUAGAUCGGUUUCGUUAACAUUUUCACAUUGACACUCGUGUUGCAGGCUGCCAAGCAGAUUGCAGCUGCAGAAGAGCGUAAGAGGAGCAUGUCAUCUCGAAGGAGCAGUGACUACACCCAAGAGGAUUCUGAUA